ACUGCAUUAUAACGAAUAAAGUUGAAAAAGUGUCUGUGAUAUCUGUAAUGUAGCACAAACCUCACAAACCUCAAAGCUACACAGCAUACAAACUUUUAUGCCAAAAGGACCUAAAGCGAACCGUCUAAAGGAAGAACCUCCUCCACUUCCUCCAAAUAACCCUCGUCAAUGUCAUUUUUGGGUAAAACGUAAGAGGCGAUAUUGUCAUCUUCCAACAAAGAUUGACAAUGAUUUUUGUGGAGAACACGCAAUCUAUGACACAAAAUGGAAAGGCAAAGAACGUAUUGCCUGCCCCUAUGAUCCAUCGCAUACAGUAAAUACGGAUGAAAUCAAAAAACAUUUAGAAAAAUGUAAUUCUCGUCCCCCACCAACUCCUCCUUACUUCUCUUCAAAUAUCAAUUGUAUUUUACCAUCUCCUGAAUUAGAAGAAAAGGUGACGCUUUCAGAUCUUUCUAAAGAAAUAUUUGAUAAAUUGAUCAGCAAUGUAAAUCAAUGGUACCAACAACUUAUACCGGAUAUAAGGACGGAAGUUAUGGAUCAUAUGGUCUUAAAGGAAAAAAAAGAGUCAACUAAAAAUAGAAAACAUGCGGUCCAACAGGCUUCUUUAAUUGGCCAUUUAGAAAAAUUAAAUUUGUUACGCAAAAACACCUGUUUCAUAGAAUAUGGUUCUGGCAAAGGUGAAUUGUCAUAUUUUAUAAAAAUGGCUAUUCAAGAUGAAACAGCUUCUUUUAUUUUAGUAGAUCGUAAGAAUACGCGUUGUAAGUUUGAUAGCGCGAUAAGAGGUACCUCAGAAAAGAAGUUAUUGGUGAAACGUAUCGGAAUGGAUAUCAAAGAUUUGGAUUUGUCAAAAUUAGAUCUUUUAAAAGGCAGAAAUGUCGUGGCAUAUUCUAAACAUCUUUGUGGAUCAGCCACAGAUACCACUCUAAAAUCGUUGGUUGACUACGCUAAAUCUAGUAUAGAUGGGAAUCCGGUUAUCGGGAUCGUUAUAGCACUAUGUUGUCACCAACUUUGUCGUUAUCACAUGUAUCCAUAUCAUAAAUUUCUUCAAGAUUACGGAAUUGCGGAAAAUGAUUUUAAGCGAAUAUGCGCGAUGAGCAGCUGGGCAAUUUGUGGACAAAGACUUACUCAUGAAACUGAGAAUAGCGACAAUGAUGAUAACGACAAUGAAGAUGAUCAUACUUAUAAUGAAACAGAUGAUGAUGAAGAAAAUACAAAAUUGCAUUAUUCUGGUUUAGAGCAUUCGGUAAGAGAACAAUUAGGAUACAAAUGUAAACGAAUUAUAGACAUAGGGAGAGCCAAGUAUCUAGAAGCAAAUGGAUAUGAUGUAAAUUUAAUUUAUUAUGUUGAACCAUCAACUUCUCUAGAAAAUUUAGCAUUGAUUGCUACACCAAAUAAAGGUUAUUUUUCUUCGUAAAGGGAACAUUUUCCGAAAAAAAUAGUUUAGUUCAAAUUUAUUUAAUUGGUUCAUUGCUAAAACUUUGGAAUAUACGAUAAAAUAUAAUAUAAAUAUAUAAUUAUAUAAAAGCCAUUAGGCUUCACCAUAGCAAGAAAUGAGCUGAUUUAUUCCUAAGAAUAAUAUCGCCUCAGGUGAUAAGACUUUAUAUUA